AACAUCUAUAUAUUACUCCUAAGAAGCCCCACCUGCCGUGGACGAAAGUAAAGCCAAGCAAACAACCGAUAAAGACUUGAAUUUGAUUUCUAAGAAAGGAAUCCAUAUUCAAUCCAGAAAAGGCAAUAUUGAAGAACGGCUGAUUCCCAUACGUUACUAGACGAUGAUCACUUUGAUGAAUUCCAAACUCUUUCUUCACCUUAUUCUAUGAAAAAAAUGGACGAAUUGAAACCUUUACGACCAUGAUCAUCCCCUUUAAACCCUUCUUUGGAUCUCAACUGCAGAUCCAUCACAGCACAUUCAACCUUUCGCAUUCCUUCUUGAAUUCAUUAUGGACCCUUCUACCUCUCGCCCAGCUGUAGUCAUUGACAAUGGAACCGGGUAUACAAAAAUGGGUUUUGCUGGAAAUGUUGAACCAUCUUUCAUACUGCCUACAGUUGUCGCUGUUAACGAAUCAUUUAUCAAUCAGCCUCGAGCUUUGACUAAGAGCAGCAACUUAGCUCAGUACAGUGCAGGAGUUAUGGCUGAUCUUGAUUUCUUUAUUGGGGAAGAGGCAGUGAGUAGAUCUAAAUCUAGUAGCACUUACAAUCUUAGCUAUCCUAUUAAACAUGGACAAGUUGAUAACUGGGAUGCAAUGGAGCGGUUCUGGCAGCAGUGCAUAUUCAAUUAUCUGCGCUGUGACCCUGAGGAUCACUAUUUUCUGUUGACUGAAAGCCCUAUGACUGCACCGGAGAACCGAGAAUAUACCGGUGAAAUUAUGUUUGAGACUUUCAAUGUUCCGGGACUUUAUAUAGCUGUGCAGCCGGUUCUUGCUCUGGCAGCUGGGUACACAGCAUCUAAGUGUGAGAUGACUGGAGUCGUAGUGGAUGUUGGAGAUGGUGCUACCCAUGUUGUACCUGUUGCUGAAGGUUAUGUUAUUGGGAGUAGCAUUAAGUCAAUCCCCGUUGCUGGGAAAGAUGUUACUCUUUUCAUUCAGCAGCUCAUGAAGGAAAGGGGAGAGCAUGUUCCAGCAGAGGAUUCUUUUGAAGUAGCACGAAAAGUGAAGGAAACGUAUUGCUAUACUUGUUCUGACAUUGUGAAGGAGUUUAAUAAGCAUGAUAAAGAGCCAGGGAAGUACAUCAAGCAAUGGAGAGGUACAAAACCAAAGACAGGAGCACCAUAUUCAUGUGAUGUUGGCUAUGAGCGAUUUCUUGGUCCUGAGGUUUUCUUCAAUCCUGAGAUCUAUAAUAGUGAUUUUACGACCCCUUUACCUGAUGUGAUUGACAAAUGUAUCCAGUCUGCACCAAUUGACACAAGAAGAGCUUUAUAUAAGAAUAUUGUUCUAUCCGGAGGAUCAACCAUGUUCAAAGACUUCCAUAGAAGAUUGCAGCGAGAUCUCAAGAAGAUUGUGGAUGACCGUGUUCAUGCAUCAGAUGCUCGGUUAGGUGGAAAUGUCAAAGCACAACCAGUUGAAGUGAAUGUUGUCAGCAAUCCUAUCCAGAGAUAUGCAGUUUGGUUUGGAGGUUCUGUACUAGCUUCAACUCCGGAAUUUUUUGCGGCUUGCCAUACAAAGGCAGAAUACGAGGAAUAUGGAGCUAGCAUAUGCCGCACAAACCCUGUAUUUAAGGGAAUGUAUUGAUAUUGAACCUAUCGCAACUGAUGAUUGUUGGCACUUAUUCUCAAGAUGUUCCCAUUCGACAAGCUCGAUCCUUCCAUCCUUGUGUUCAGCUCCAAGUUGAAAUCCUACAUCUGGGGGGCACCUUCAGUUAUGUUAACGGGUUGGAGGCUGUGUGGAAUAUACUGUGAUUGAUUGAGCUGUAACAGAAUGGUGUUCUUGUAUUUUUCUCCAUGAGCUGCACAUGUGGUCUGGCCCUGGGGGGAAAUUGCUGUUAUCGGCAGGAUUGGUUGGCACUUCCAUUUGGCAGAUGACUUCACAGAUUGGUUAGAAGACAUUUACUGAGCUGAAGGUUAUUUUCUCAGUGUUCAGCUCAAUCUAGGGAUUUACCAGUUUUAUUUUGUUAAGAAGCCAAGAUAAUAAGCUUCAAAGAAAUGGAGGUAGAUUUUUGUUUUUCAAUUAUAUUUAAAGGAUUGAUUAGAGGAUUGUAGAAUCA